CACCGAACGAUCGCCGCUGUGCCUCCCACUCCUCUCUCUGCUGUCACCCAACACCCCUCUCUUGCAAAGAUGUCUUCGAAGAAGGAGUCCAGCUCGAAGAAGGAUUCCAACUUCCUGGUUGACUUCGCCCUGGGCGGAGUCAGCGGAGCCAUCGCGAAGACAUGCACGGCACCGAUCGAGCGCGUGAAGCUCAUCAUGCAGACUCAGGACGCCAACCCACGUAUCAAGUCGGGAGAGGUUGCCCGGUACACCGGUAUCCUCAACUGCUUCACCCGCGUGCACCAGGAGCAGGGCCUCGCGGCCUUCUGGAGAGGGAACACCACCAACGUCAUCCGGUACUUCCCCACCCAGGCGUUUAACUUCGCCUUCAAGGACCAGAUCAAGGCCCUCUUCCCCAAGGUCAGCCCCAAGGAGGACUUCGCCAAAUUCUUCGCCAUUAACAUCGCCUCCGGUGGUCUGGCCGGCGCGGGUAGCCUUUGCUUCGUGUACCCCCUCGACUUCGCACGUACCCGUCUUGCGUCCGACGUGGGGUCGGGCAAGCGCGACUUCACCGGCCUGUGGGACUGCCUGAGCAAGACAGCCAGGGGCCCGAAGGGCGUGCUGGGUCUCUACAACGGGUUCGGCGUUUCCGUGAUGGGCAUCAUCCCGUACCGUGGUGUGUACUUCGGCCUUUACGACACGGGUUCGGCCAAGAACCCCUUCAAGAACGAUGCCGGCAUCAAGGGGAUGACCUCCAAGUUCGCCAUCGCCCAGGCCACGGCCAUCACUGCAGGUUACGCGUCGUACCCGUUCGACACCGUGCGCCGUAGGCUGCAGAUGCAGUCGGAGAAGCCGAGGUCGGAGUGGCACUACCAGGGUGCCUUCGACUGCCUGAAGAAGAUCAUCAAGGAGGAGGGGAACUCUGCCUUGUUCAAGGGUGCAAGCGCUAACGUGCUCCGUACGGUCGGGUCCGCCAUGGUUCUUGUCAUGUACGACCAGUUCAAGACCCUCAUGUCACUGUCCUAAAACAUGACCAGGACAUGCCACGUGUUGACAUGUUUGUUCCCCGAGUGGUCUCAGGGUUGACGGAUGGGCUUCGCAGCUCCGUGACGCGUUGGGGACGGGUAGUUCACAUGUCGUUUUGAGUCGGCGUGGGUUUCCAUGAUGCCUGACUGGCUUGGGCCGAUAGUAGUUGACCCCCUGGCAGCAGCCUACUGCAUCCUGCCGGUGUCCGAUUCCAAGCCAUGGGUAGUGUAGCAGUAGCCCAUGGUCGCUGCGCGCGAGCGUGUUGACACAGGAGGGUUGGAAGAGGUGUUGGUGGUGGGUGACACAAAAUGAAGAGAGAGGCUGAGACGCAUUUGAUCAUGGUUUUCGCCGCAUGUUUUCUACAGCCCUGAUAUUAUCUGUCUCUUUUUUCUGGUAGGGAUGACGUUUUCAUCCGAACCAUUUGCGGUUUUCUGGAGAGUUGGACGUUAACCGAUACGCAAGGAUUGGAGAGUCGCGAAGUGCUCGCUCUCUCCUUUCUUUCUCACAAGAAUUUCGGUUCGCAAUUUUGGUCAAAUUUUCAUAUUACUUAAUUUCAAUCAUGCGGUACAUGUCUCCUAGCUUUUGGGCUGAAGAAAGCUGGGAAUCGCUCACUGGUUUCAAUUCUUUUCAUCGAUGACGAAAACAGAGCGGAAUAUCCAGCACAAGUCAAGGCAACCCUCGCGUGAACCCUUACUAGGAAGGCUUUGUGAUACAUGCAUCCCCUGGGGAGAUCUGUGUCUACUCGACCACUUCCCCGAUACACUGUUGACUAGUGUAAAAUUCGCACAAAAAAUUGUCGAAGCAAAUUUUGUUUCCUGGUGUCUUUCUUGUCGGACUGCAAAAAAUCUUACCGGGGAGCAAGUGUGGUCCAUCAAACUCUGUUGAACGUCCUAGGAAUGAACAGGGGCAACAACGAUUACAUCUUCGUGUACCUAAUAAAAUUU